AUGCUUCAGUCUCUGCCCGAUGCGCCAGAUUCGACCUUUGGCCUCCUGGCAAAGGCCGAAACCCCUUCAAUCCCUUUUUUGACAGCUUGUCCAUCAAAAAUCUACCGGCGAUGCUUUCUUUCAGGCCACCAUGGCCCGAGCCGGACCCAGUUCUCGGCCUGCUGGCUUCAGGCCGACACGAAAAGACGCCGUGGGUGCUCCCCUUUUCCACGCCUCAUAUCGUCUCCUGCCUCCGGUAUCCUGUUCGUCGAAUUCGACUGGCGCGACAAAUGUCAGUUUAUCACAACCAGGCUUCUGUAUGCUGCUCGGCCUGUCCAUCGGUGGCCAGCACGGGGCAACAGUUUUCCGGCAACGCGCCAAGUCAUUCCUUGCAGCUGCUUUGAGUUCCUUCUUGAGGGCAUCACGAGUCUUUUGGAUGCUGUCGACCAAUCGGGAGAGGCAGACGAAGUUGGCUGGGAUAUCGUCAAAAGACGACACAGCCUAGCAACGUGGCAAUCGGAGGAUGCUCGGCGCUCCUCCUCGUCGUGA